AUGGGACUGUUAUUUUCAAAAGUUUGGAGCUAUUUUACUCAUGAAGAGCAUAAACUCAUCAUUUUGGGUUUAGACAAUGCCGGAAAAACCACGAUAUUAUAUCAAUUUUUAAUGGAAGAAGUUGUCCACACUUCACCAACCCUUGGCUCAAAUGUCGAAGAGGUAGUCUGGAAGAAUAUUCACUUUAUUAUGUGGGACAUUGGAGGGCAAGAAUCACUUCGGCAAAGCUGGGCAACAUACUACGCCAACACAGAAUUCAUUAUAAUGGUCAUUGAUUCUAACGACCACCAGCGAAUAAGCUAUAGUCGUGAAGAAUUAUGGCGCAUGUUGGAGCAUGAAGAUCUUAGAAAAGCAUCUGUAUUGAUAUACGCAAACAAACAAGACAUCAAGGGAUGCAUGACUGUGGCGCAAAUUUCUAAAGAGCUCAACUUGACAGCAAUCAAGAAGCACAAGUGGCAAAUACAACCAUGCUGUGCUAUUUCAGGCGAAGGACUUUAUCAAGGCUUAGAGUGGGUGGCUGAAAAUUUAAAAAACAAACGGUAG